AUCAUGUUUUCUUUUGACUAUUGUAGUGAAUUCGUUGGAAGCCUGGGUGUAAGCUGGGUGUCAUUAAUACCAUUAAUACCAUUCAUUCACUACACAGCUGAAUGAGUGCAGAGGUAAAUGGAAGUCAAUCUGGAGAAGGAACACUCCAGGGAUUCUUGAUGUAUUACAGGGAUGUGGUAGAAUAGUGCUUAAGACAUUGCACUACUCAUCGGAAGGUCAUGAGUUCGAAUACCAGGGUCACCAGGCUGAGGGAGCCUGAGCAAGGCCCUCAGUUGAAAUAAAUUAAUUGAAAGAAAUUGUAAGUCAUUUUGGACAAUGCAUAAGGUUGUCUGGUAAAUACAGUAAAUAUAAAUGUAUUAUCUGAAAAGUUUAUCACUGUAUUGUGGUGAUGGCAUGAUCAGCAAGCCUGUGCUGGGACAACACGAAAACCAAAACAGAAGGACAAAGCACGCCCACUACAUGAUGUCAUUUUGAUAGUGUGAGCUGCUCAUACAUGGUAAACCUCAGCGGCCUCCCCCACAUGUCAAUGCCUAAAAUUACCUCCGGCAACAGCUGAGCCCAAGCACUCUCUAUCUCUCCGUCUCUGGCUCUUCUUUCUCUCUCGCACUCUCGAUCCCUGUCGCUUGUUUUAUGUGAACAUGACUCGGUUUAGUUAUGCGGAAUAUCUUUCGUUGUUCCGUUCCAGUGGUGUGAAAAGUCACCGGCGGCGUUUUGACAGCGGAGCGCGGUGCGAGGACUUCGGUGACGUCACAGCAGCCCCACCACAGGAGCCCAUGAUGUUGGCAAUUAGGAGAGGUGAUGUGCAGACAGUGACUGAACUAGCAACAUCCAUAUCAUGCAUCCAAACCUAUAGUGCAGUGCACGACUGGACUGCCCUUCAUGAAGCAGCGUAUUAUGGGCAAGCUGACUGUGUAAAAGCUCUACUUAAAGUUAAGCCUACUUCAGUAGAUAAGCGCACUCUCAAAGAGCAGACUGCACUUCUAAUUGCAACUGAUGGAAAGCACCUGGAGUGUGUGAAGUGUCUUCUGGAGGCAGGUGCAGACCCAGAUAUCAGCAAUAAAAACAAAGAGACACCACUUUAUAAAGCUUGUAAAAACGAGAGCAUUGACAUAGUGAGGAUGAUCCUGGCAUUUGGAGGUUCAGUAAACCAGCGCUGCCAUCGUGGCUGGACAGCUCUCCAUGAAGCAGUGAGACGGGGGAACAUACAACUCUGUGAGGUUCUUCUUCAGGCAAGAGCUGCCAUUGAUGCCACCAAUGCUGAUGGUAUCACUGCACUUAUAGAUGCAGCUCGGCAUGGCAGCACAAAAAUUGUGAACUACCUCAUUAGUAAAGGUGCUAGUGUGAACCUACAGUCAUGUGAAGGGACUACAGCUCUAAGUGAAGCCUGUAAACAUGGUCAUAGAGAAACCGUAGACUUAUUGCUCAGACUUCAUGCAGAUGCCAACAAAGGCUCCAAAAGUGGACUUCUGCCUUUGCACAUUGCUGCCCAACAUGGCCAUGAAGAAAUUGUGUCCUUACUGCUGCCUGUCACUAGUCGUGCAAAGAUACGACAAAGUGGCAUCACUCCCCUUCAUCUCGCAGCUGAGUUCAACCAGGAAAAUGUUGUCAAAUUCUUGAUAAAGUCAGGCAGUGAUGUGAACACAAGGAUGUCCCACGAACGCUCAUCCAUGUUUCAUGACCACCGCAGCACAGCUCUGUACUGUGCAGUCAUAGCUAGUAAUGCAGGAGUUGUGGAGUUGUUGCUCAAGGCUGGUGCAAACCCCAACUUGGACCCCCUCAGCCCACUGCUAGUUGCACUACGACAGGGCUGCUUUAGGACUAUAUACACACUUGUGAAACAUGGAGCAGAUGUUAAUGCUCAUGUACCAGCUCAUCCCACUGAUUUUCCAGGAACACUGUUGUAUACCCAUAGCAUGGGAAUUUUACAAUUUCUAUUGGACAAUGGAUGUAAGGCACAGGAAUGUUUCAGGUGUGACCAUACAGAGCACAAGCAACCUACUAGCCAAUGCAGAAGCGUGCACACAGGACAGAGGACUCACACAGUGACAGGAAAUACAUUACCAUCCCAAACAAUCUGCACAGAAUCGACAACCAGAAAUCUACAGUUUUGUGAGUGGAUUUCCUCUGUGAGUAAUAUGGCUGCACCUCUUAUCACCUUGCUAUUGGAUCAUGUUGGAAAUGUGCAACUGUGUUACAAACUCGUUGAACAAUUAAGAAGCAAAAAAGAGUGGGUUGCCAUUAAAGAAAAAGCAUUGUCUCCUCGUCCACUGAUGCAUCUGUGCAGGCUGAAGGUUCGUGAGCAAGUUGGUGCCCAGAGACUAACCUUUCUAAAUACUCUUCCACUACCAGGCAGACUGCUCCACUAUUUGUGCUGUUCACAGAACAGCAAUACAGAAUAUACAGUCCUAAACAUUGGGUCAACACACACAUAAAUUGCAGGUUACUUGAGAUUUCUAUUUUAGUUUUUUACUAAUACAGUUUGUAUCAGUUGUGCUUUUUGUUGUUGUUCACACAAUUGUAUCUAUUUAUAAAAAGAGAUAAAAGAUCACAUUUUUGGUACUUCUAAUUUAUGGAAAUUAAUAUGUGUACAACUGCAAUUAACCAUUAUCCACAACACUGCAAAAUCGAUGAUUAUCUACAUACUAGUAAUUACUAAUAAGCACUUACUACACUGGAACUCACAGACUGAACAAGCUUUGUGUGUUGUGACUAAAAACAGCAUUGACACAUCAUGUAAUGUCUCUUCACUGAAAACGAUAUCAUUAUCAUUCAUGUGAUGUGUUUGUUUUGGGGUUGGUAGUCUUCACUAUAUCAUAGGCUACAUCAAGACAAAAUGUGCAUUCUUAGUGAAAUGCAUGAAUUCCACAGAUGAAACAUGUAGAAACCUGCUUGCACUGAAAUGUUAGUAUGAAUAUCCUUGUUCAGAAGUUUGAUGAUGUGUUCUUUAGAUUGAUUAGGUGUAUUGAUCAUAUCUGGAUUUAUGCACUGACAAGUACAAGAUGAAUAUAAUAUAGGUUGUGUGAGGAAAACAUAUCUGAAGCCAAAACUGUGAAAAUAAACAUUA